AUGUCUGAUAGAGAGUUCGGCUCAAACGACGACCUGUCGCUUCCCAAAGCAACGGUCCAGAAGAUCAUCACUGAGAUCCUACCACCUUCCUCCGGCCAAACGUUCUCCAAGGAUGCGCGAGAUCUGCUCAUGGAAUGCUGUGUCGAAUUCAUCACAUUGAUUUCUUCCGAGGCCAAUGACAUCAGCGAGAAAGAAGCGAAGAAGACAAUCGCUUGUGAACAUGUGGAGCGGGCUCUGCGUGAUCUUGGAUUCGGCGAUUACAUCCCCGAUGUGCUUGCGGUUGCAGAGGAACACAAAGAACAGCUGAAGUCCCGAGAAAAGAAGCAAAGUAAGAUGGAGCAGAGCGGGCUGACCGAGGAAGAACUCCUGCGGCAGCAGCAGGAGCUAUUUCGCUCGGCCACGGAGAAGUAUAAUGCUGCUCCAGAAUGA